UAGACAAUUACAUAUUUUGACAAAGUCUGCAUCUAUAAUCCGCAAGUCCCUAUUGUAUUUUGGAUUCAGUCCGAUCCACAUCACUAAACUAAGGUGGCGUCAUUGUUCUUUACUUGGUAUAAAUGUCCGUGCUUUCCCUGAUCAAAUAACCAAAAAGAAUUGUGCUUUCAAUACUGAACCAUAAGCAGUGAAAUCAAACCAACACCCACUCGUACCAAGAAACACUCUGCAUGGGGCUUUCCCAGUUGAGUUCAGUUCAACCAUCCUCACGCACCUCAUCUUUUUGUAUACAUGCCUUUGUUCAUUUCUGGUGGUUUGGCUUGUUAGUCACCUCUGUGGUUCGCGGGAAUAAUGAGACGGAUAGGUUGGCAUUGCUUGAGUUCAAAGCUGAGAUCACUCAUGACCCUUUUGAGGUUUUGAGUUCUUGGAAUGACAGCAUCCACUUCUGUCAAUGGCGGGGGAUCACCUGUGGUCGUCGACAUCAGAGGGUCACAGCAUUGGACCUGCAAUCUCUGAAACUGGUAGGCUCCAUAUCACCACAUAUUGGAAAUUUAAGUUUUUUGAGAAAUAUAAGCCUCCAAAACAACAGCUUUUAUAAUGAAAUCCCUCCAGAAAUUGGCCGCUUGUUUAGAUUGCAAAGCUUAUUAUUGUUUAACAACACAAUGAGUGGCAAAAUUCCUAGCAAUAUAUCUGGUUGCUCCAACCUUCUUGUGCUUAGUGUCGGUUCUAACCAGCUGGUAGGAGAAAUUCCUAUGACACUUGCCUCCAUGACAAAGCUCCAAAUUAUUGCUUUUCACUUCAAUAAUCUAACUGGAAACAUCCCACCUUUUUUUGGAAACUUUUCGUUUCUAGUUUUGUUAUCUGCCUUUGGGAAUAACUUGGAGGGGAACAUCCCUCAUACUUUUGGCCAAUUGUCCAAGCUUUCAAUGUUUUCUUUGGGUCAAAAUAGGUUGUCUGGUACAAUUCCUCCCUCAAUCUUCAAUUUGUCUUCAUUAAGACAACUUAAUGUAGGAUAUAACAAAAUCCAUGGGCAUCUUCCAUUGGACAUAGGUACCACACUACCAAAUAUUGAACUAUUAAGCAUUGCCAAUAACCAAUUUACUGGAUCUAUCCCUGCUUCAAUAUCCAAUGCCUCAAAUCUAGACAAACUUGGAUUGGGUGAUAAUCAACUAAGUGGAAAAGUUCCCUCUUUAGAGAAGCUAAAUAGAAUUUUGUUAAUUUUUAUUCAGUAUAACAAUCUUGGAAAUGGAGAAGAAAAUGACUUGAAUUUUCUCUGUUCUUUGAUAAAUGCUACCUUUUUGACUAAUUUGUAUAUAAAUUACAAUAACUUUGGGGGAGAGUUGCCCAAGUGCAUUGGCAAUCUAUCAACUACUCUUACCAUGUUGGUUCUAGAUAAUAAUAAGAUAUCUGGAAAGAUUCCGAUUGAAAUAGGAAAUUUGAUCAACUUGUUGACACUUGAAAUGUGGCAAAACAAAUUAUCUGGUAAUAUUCCUUUUGAAAUUGGAAUGCUUCAAAAAUUACAAUAUAUGAUAUUAAGUACAAACAAUUUCUUUGGGAACAUUCCAUCCUCUCUUGAAAAUUUAACAGCCUUGACAAAAUUGUAUUUAGACGAGAAUAAUCUUCAAGGCAACAUCCCUCUAAGUAUAAGCAGCUGCCAAAAUUUGUUUACUUUGAAUCUUGCUAAAAACAAUCUCAGUGGUUCAAUAUCCCCACAAGUUUUUGGCCUCUCAUUCUCACCAACUUUUCUAAAUUUGUCUUCCAACCAAUUUACUGGUGUCUUUCCCAUGGAAAUAGGAAAUUUUAAAAAUCUAAAUGGAUUGGAUAUUUCCAAAAAUAUGUUUUUUGGAAACAUUUCAGCAAGUCUGGGAAGCUGCAUAAUGCUAGAAUAUCUAUACAUGGGAAGCAAUUUUUUCCAAGGGCUCAUCCCUUCAUAUUUGGAAUCAUUAAGAGGUCUUCGAUGUCUAGAUCUUUCAAACAAUAAUUUGACUGGCCAAAUUCCAAAAUUUUUGGAGGCCUUUGUCUAUUUGGAAUAUCUGAAUCUGUCUUACAACUAUUUUGAGGGAGAGGUGCCCACAGACGGAGUUUUCAAGAAUACAAGUGCAACUUUCCUUGAGGGAAAUGGUCAACUUUGUGGGGGAAUACCUGAGUUUCAGCUUCCUAAAUGCAAAUACGAAGAAUCCAACAAGAGGAGGUUGACCCUUACCUUGAAGCUAGUAAUCUCUAUAUCUUCUGCUUUUUUUGGAAUAACUUUGGUUCUAUCUGUUCUACUUCUUUAUUCUGGAAGAAAGAAAAGAAAAGAUAACACCUCAAGAGACUCACAAAAUUUGCUUUUGAGUCUAUCUUACCAAAGUCUUCUAAAUGCAACCGAUAAAUUCUCUCCCGCAAAUUUAAUUGGUGUGGGUAGCUUUGGAUCUGUGUAUAAAGGAAUUCUUGAUCAAGGUGGACAAGUAGAUAUGGUUGCUGUGAAGGUGCUCAACCUUUUGCAUCAUGGAGCUUCCAAAAGUUUUAUAGCCGAGUGUGAGGCUCAACGAAACAUUAGACAUCGAAAUCUUGUAAAGUUACUUACAUCAUGUUCUGGUAUUGACUAUCAAGGUCAUGAUUUUAAAGCUUUGGUAUAUGAGUUCAUGGAAAAUGGAAACCUAGACGAAUGGUUGCAUCCAAGGGAUGAGGCUCUUGACAAAAAAAAGAAUUUAAGUCUCCUUCAAAGAUUGAAUAUUGCCAUUGACGUUGCUAAUGCAUUGGAUUAUCUUCAUCAUCAUUGCCAGACACCAAUCAUUCACUGCGACCUCAAGCCUAGCAAUAUUCUUCUUGAUGAUGAAAUGAUGGGACACGUAGGUGACUUUGGCUUGGCAAGAUUGCUUUUUGAUGCUACCCAAGAUUUUUCUGUUGAUCAAUCAAGCUCCAUCGGAAUAAGAGGAACAAUUGGUUAUACUCCUCCAGAGUAUGGUAUGGGAAAUGAGGUGUCAACAUAUGGUGAUGUCUAUAGUUAUGGCAUAUUGUUGCUAGAGAUGUUCACAAGUAAAAGGCCUAUUGAUAACAUCUUCCAAGAUGGGUUAAACCUUCAUGACUUUGUUAAAGCUGCUUUGCCAAGACAAGUAAUUGACAUUACAGAUCCUCUUCUUCUUUCUUGGAAAAGUGAAGAGGGAGAGGCAACAAUGAUCGACAUUACUUGCAAUGAGGGUCAAAAUGGAAGUCCAAUAAUUCAAAAUUGUUUGAUUGUGAUACUUGGAAUUGGUGUUUCUUGUUCCGUCGAACUUCCAAGUGAAAGGAUGAACAUAGGUGCUGUUAUAACUGGGCUACGUUCAAUUCAACAAAAACUUCUUGAACUAAUGUACAUAGACAAAGGCUUCAAGGCACAGGUGGACAACGAUGAUGACUAUUAUGAAGGUGGUCAUCAUGAUUUUCCAAGUUUAUGAAACAUAGCAUUGGAGCAAAUAAAUAAUCUUGAAGCUUCCAUUUAGAGUUUCUUAUGGAAGUCAUAUAUAUAUAUAUAUAUAUAUAUAUUUAUGUA